UUGACAACAUAUAAUGGAUUUCAAAAAUUAUAUUUCUGGCGCAUUCGCUACUUAAUCAACUUCGAUCGUUUUAGUUGAUGUAGUUCCUUAACUCACCGUUGUUAAGUAUAGAGUGCGCUAAAAAACAGUGAUUUUUUUACUAUGUCGGUAUUUGAGAGCAAGAGACAUAUAAUCCCAUAAGGUGCUUGGUCUAUUCAUUUAUUUUGUCUGUGGUAGUAUUUUUUAAAGAUAAAUUUAUGAUCUUGGUGAAAAUGACCAGUGAAAUGUUUUUUUUAACCGAAUUAUUAUUUGCAACUCUUUAUCCAAUAUGUUAUGUUUAAAAAUCUGCCAGAAUUAUAUUUUUAUAAACUAUAGUUAAUCUAUAAUUUGCAGGUUAAUUCUUUUGAUGAGUUUCAUUUGGAAAGUAUCUCUUUCUAAUCAAGCUUUGUAAAAAAUGAAAUCAUGAGAAGAUGGCAUUAGUACGAGUAAUCAAUUGCAUUUUGUAUAAAAGGCUAAUGAUGGUGUCUAGUCUAAGAAACAGAUGUAUUCUUCCUAGUUUUCGACAAAAUGCAUUGUAUUCUACAGAGAAAUCAGUUGCUGGGAACUUCUCUAAGCUUGGAAAUCAAAAUAAACGUAAUACUAUUGAUCGAGUACCCUUCGCUCUUGCAGCUAUUUCUUGUCUUAUAACGCUUUGUAUUGGAAUUUAUGAAUGCUUUUCUGAUAAAAGUGAAUAUAAUAUAAUAUUCAAUACAAUAGAUUACUGUAAUAAUAAUCCUAAAGUAAUACGUGUCCUUGGAAAACCAGUAGUAUUAAGGUCAUCAACAUUUGAAAUGUUGUCAGAUCUGCAGGGUCAUUUUAAAAAAUAUGAGACCUUCGAAGUGAAUGGAGUACAACAUGUGAGAAAGGAAUUUGAUAUUAUGGGUCCAAUAGGAAGUGCAACUGUGAAAUUAGAAAUGCAAGAAGAUGAAUCUGGCAAUUUCGUAUAUAAAUAUUUAUAUGUGUAUGUGCAUCGUGCGAAUCAAGUCAUAGUUUUAGAAGACGUUAAAAACCAAAAUGAUGACAAUGAAAUAGUUCUAGACGUUAAAAACCAAAAUGAUGACAAUGAAAUAGUUCUAGAAGACAUUAAAAAGCAAAAUGCUGACAAUAAGGUGCUUGCAAUAUAAAAAUUAUUCGAUUAUUUCAUACAAAUAUUACAUUAUUU